AAAAGGUUAAAUGUUUAACAUGGUUAAUUUUACUGAAAGCUAUGUUUAGCUUUCAAGGAUAACGAGACUGUAUUUAGAGCAUUACAUUUUCCUUAGACUUCAAGUUACAUCAUUACUUCAUUUCUAUCAGCACAAUGAUUAGAAAAACAUUUCUUGUUAUAUUAUGUAUAACAAGUUUCUUUUACAUUUUUUUCGUUCUACGUAAAUUGAUAUAUUUCCUUUCCAAUUCUAAUGAACAUCAGAAAACUCAACUUGUGUCCACCGAAGAUGGAAAUCUAAAUUUGUCUACGUUAUGGUCAUUAUUAAUAGAUUCAUGUUUAUUAAGUCUUUUCAUAUUGCAACAUUCGCUUAUGGCUAAUGACACUGUGAAAAAUUUCUUGAAAAAGUUAUACAUUGAUGAAAUAGAAAGAAGUUUGUAUAAUACGUGCAGCGCAGCUGUUCUUUCCUUUUUACUGGACAAUUGGCAAAUAAUACCAUGGAUAAAUAUUUGGAAUAUUGAUAUAUCUAAUAAUAAUAUAUUAUGGUCGAUAUUUACACUUAUACAUAUCUUUGGUUGGUUUGUCAUAUACAGCGGAUGCUUAACAAUGGACAUUUCAGAAUUGAUCGGUUUCAGACAAGUUUAUUAUAAGAUUACAGCAAGGCCUAGUCCUAUGAGUACAAAAUCUAAAGAAUUACGACGAUAUUAUUCACAUAUGAGACAUCCCAGUUUCAUUGGUUUUCUUAUAAUUUUAUGGAUACAUCCAUUUAUGAGUCUUGACAGAUUUCUACUGGCUUCGAUACUUACUAUUUAUAUGCUAUUAAGAUGGUCUAUAGAUAAAGAAGAUUAUCAGUAUCAUGCUCAUGUAUUAAGAUGUAAACAAAGAGAAUUUAUUUUCUAAUAUUCUUAUAUACUAAAACAAAACAUGAGCAAGUGCCUUAAAAACGCUUUAAUUUAAUAAAAGUAGAUCUAAUAUUAACUUUAUGUUAAGUAUAUAU